GGAAGGAAAUCAAAUUUGUAAAGAUAUUUAAAAAUAACAAAAAAGAACAUAACCUAAAGCCAUACUGAACACCAGCCAUACGAAUACAUUUACAGAGCUCACGAUGUUGAAGGUUUCUACAACAAAGUGAUCCUCAGUCACGUCGGUGCACGCACACACACAUUCAGGGAGUCGAUGAAGAAACUGCUAGUGACCCGAAAUUUCAUUCCUUUGGAUGAAAGAGCGGCUUUGUAAGUUUUUUCUACCUGCGUGUUUUUAGAUCGCUCAGCCUGCGGUGUCAAGCGUGGCAGUGGCCGUGUCGAGUUCCCGUCAUCACCCUGCGUUCCUCUGUCUUGACGGAUGAAUCCGGACAGUUUCAUGUCUGUUCUGUGGGCAGAACCUCGCUGCCCUGCUAGAACCGGGCCCAAGCCCUCCUUCGUCCUCUUCUGCUGGGCCAAGCUAAAUUCAGAGCAAAGACACUCGCGCGAGGGUAUCAAACGCUCAUAGAUCCUCGCUUUGUUCUGUCGUCUCUUCCUGUAAUUCAUCCACCAGAUCCUCGCCAUCGAUCACUCUUUUGUGAAUGCCUUGACACGCUCGCUUAAUGAACUGAUGUCUGUCCUCCGGUAGCUGCUGGAAGGACUUCUUUCUUAUAGAUUUGAUGCUGCUUAAUGCCGUCAGUGAUAGUACCUUUAUUAGUUGCGCUCACAGCCCACGACUCAUAAAUUCACCGUUCCAUUGUUCGAAACCAAAAUUUCAAGCAUACUGACCUUUACUGCUCCUCUUCCUCUAAAUUCUUUGAAAGGGAGAUUUGGUUUAUUGGGCAAACUGUGAGUGUGGCGUAAGAGAAGUUUAAGUAACAGCUUGUGCCAAAUUUACACGGACUUCCUCUCAGCUUGUUCACCAAACAGAGCUGAGAUCUCUAAAGCUGCCAGCACUGUUGUUUACAGACACGAGACACACGGAGCUCGAUGUUUAAUUUGAUUUCAUUUCCAUGUAUAAUUUUCACACAUUAGUUCUCCACCCAGGACAACAGAAGUGCCAAACUCCGAGAAGAAUACACCCAGCGUCUGUGAGAGCUCAUUGAAUACAAAGUUUACAUUCAGCACUAAAUGUUUACAGACCACAGUUUCCAUUGCAGUUUCUUACAUGACUUUUGUGCCAUAAACAGCUCCCAGAACACCCUGCAUUCAGAGACAUAGGACUCUUCUUCUGGACGAGUCAUUAUACGACGAGUUUACAGUUUUUCAUACUCAUUUUGUUUACAGAAAACGUCUCAAUACUGCCUGUUUUGAAGAUUUUAGGCCAACGGACUGUAAAACGGCACUUUGUCGACCGACAGACCAAAAUUAAACAUUUAAUACCUGCUGCCAUAAAACAAACCCACAUUAUUCUCUAUUUCUAAUCAAUUUUAAGUUAGAUUACUUUAGGUCUACAGCCAUUGUACAGACACAUCGCAUAGGGCCUAAAAAACUCUAAAAGACCUCAAUGUUUACAAACGCUGCUUAUGGGAAGGAUUUGUAUUCAGACGGAAAUGUUUACAUUCAGAUGACGGAGUGACACGCCAAACGCAUUCAUGAAACACUGCUCGAACAACGUGAAUCUGCUGAAAUCCAACCCAAGGGAUUAGUUCAUCAGACUGCAGAUAAAACUUUUCGUAAUGGAGGUUUUUUUUGGAGGAUCUCGCUGACAUUUGAAGCUGUUUGUGACUUUUUUGGCUUGAGAACUUUGUGAUAAAACAAUGCCGUCUAAAAUAUUAAAGGGGAUGCUUUGCUUAUCCCUUAUCCUCUUGCUUUUCUCCUGCCUCGCUGUUUCCACUGUAACCAUCACCACUCGGCGACGCGCCGUCGAUGGUGAUAUCAGGACUCUGACCGGCAGGGGCGGCUCUGCCGCUUCUGGUAAAGCGAGUACCACCUUGUUCCUCCUGACGGGCUACAAGCCGCCACUCCCACGGCUGCCUGCCGGACCCAAAGUGCCGCCAAAAGCGGCAGAGGUGGAGGACGGGGAUGAUCCACCAGUCAUGGCUGAGCUGCCACCAAAGCCCCUCCCUCAGACCAUGUUGCCAAGGAACGUAACAGCAGCACUGAAGCCUCCCCUCGGUGCGGCCCAGGUGGCUCCAGCCCCGAGACAGCUGGUGGAUGUGGACCUGUGCAAGGGUUACUAUGAUGUGAUGGGGCACUUUGACAACUCGUUCAACUGCUCCCAGGGCAGUUACAUCUACUGCUGCGGCACCUGCCACUACCGGUUCUGCUGCGAGCACCAGAGGAACCGGCUAGAUCAGGAUUCCUGCACCAACUACAAGUCCCCCGACUGGGCUGACCCGCAGGUCCCUGUCACUGUGCCCGCGGUGAAAACAGACCCCGACUUUGAGACGUUUCCGCAGCAGAGCAGCAGCACGGCCUAUGUGAUCGGAGGUGUGAUCUCCUUCACUGUGGUGGUGGCCGUGGGCGUCAGGAUUGCCUUCAGCAAGGUGGCUCGUCGACCCCGAAACCGAGACAUCAACAUGCCUAGAUCACUGGUGGAUAUCUUGCGUCACCAGUCGAGCCCCGUGCAGCAGGGCGAGAGGAACAACAGCACAGUGCUGACGACCACCUCAGACGGACGCACAUCCAAAAACCUGUACACCCCCAUCCUGCAGAUCAAAGACAACCGCACUGGGAACUUGCACCAUCAUUUUAACCAGCAGGGGUCUGCUUCCAGCCCCAAACACUCUGCUACCAUCGAGCGUGGAUCCCGCAUGAACAACACCCCCCAGCUCACUUCCGGGCCCACCCUGAUUUCUGGUAGCAGCAAAGGUGCGGGAGGCGGCGGCGGCAGCGUCUUGAGACACAACAGCAGCCACCCGUCUUUUUCGCACUCCUUCCACAACCUGGCUCAGCUGCCACCGUCCUACGAUGCAAACAUGAAACCUGAGAUCAACCGCUACAGCUCGCUGAAGAGGCUGGAGAAAGAACUUGAUGAGUAUUCCAGCUACUACAACUCCAAGCGCCGCUCCAACAACGCUCCGCCCUCCUUCUACUCCUCUCAGCACCACCUGCCCUUUGGAGGGGACUACACGCUGGGAUCCAGAGGCACGCUACCACUCCAUGGCUCUCGGCCCCACCUCCACAUGCCGCCCUCCACCCCGAACCCAUACCCGCUCCCCUCCCAGACACAUUACACCAGCUCCAGCUUCGAUAGGCCACCACGCCGUGUCCGUUCCCAGGACCAGCUGCUGGCAUUUGGGGAAGGCAACACUCUGUCCCGCCUGUCCAAGAACCAGCAACACCAGUACUACAAAGCCAUGAUGAGCACCAGCAGGAGCUCUACAUCACAGACGCUCCGCAGGUCCCAUGAGCGGCUCCUGGUCUCCCCUGACCGUCUGGAGGACCGGCUGAUGACGAUGGGUCUGCUGCCGGGAACGAGUGAGCGAGGGGGAGGAACCGGGAUGGUUCCCACCAUGGGCCGGCUCAGCCACCACCAGAAGGCUCAGUCACAGCAGAACAUUUGUGUCACGCCAUCCAUGGACCGCCACCACAUGAUCAAGAUGAACUCCCACCCCACAUCAGGCCACGAGCACGACCGCAGCACCACGACCAUGUCCGGCAUGGGCAUGCACGGUGGCUGGGACUCCCACGGCGGGACAGGUGGAGGCCACCCCAACGCCCGACGUAUGGCUUUCGCCAGCAAGAGGCAGAACACGAUUGAACAGCUGCACUUCAUCCCCGGAGGAGGUGGAGGCCAGGGACUCCGGACUGGGAGUAAGAAUGAGGUGACAGUGUGAGAGGAAGAGUGGUGGAGAAGAGGUGCAGAUGAAAAGAAGCUGAAGACCAGAUGAAGAGAGGGAAGCAGCGAGGUUUUUAGUGUGAAGAUAUGAGCAGGAAAUGGCAAAGAAACAAGCAAGUGGUUUGAUAUCAGCUGGCUCCCUCACAGGGCUGCUCUCAGCUGCACACAGCCCCCUUCAUAAAAUAAAAAGUGGUGGAUGGCAACAUUAGUGAGUAAAGCCAAUUGAUUCUCUCUUUGUCACUUGUGUAUUGGAAAAGAGAAAUUUCACCUAUUCUUUGUGAAGAGAAGACAAAUGCCCAAGUAAAGAGCAAAAAAAAAAAAGAAAAGAAAAAAGCAGUUAAAGGCUGCUGGGUAUUCGCUGUGACUUUUAUUGAAGGAUAUCCACUGAGUCAAAUUUGUUGAAUUGUCCUUGAGUUUUGUUGCGCUGUCCUCUGAGUCCUCGAGUGCUCCGACAGAAAUUCAUCCAUCUUUGAAUCCACUGUGGAUGUCAGAGCGCCGAGGCAGAGGCAGACGGGUUUGCUUGUCAGUGUAUUUAUACAAGUAUUUAAAACCAAACAAGUUGCUUUUGUAUGAAAUUAACCUGAUACUAUUACUACUACUACUAAUAAUAAUAAUAAUAUUAGCAUAACUGAGCCCUGUAGGAUUUUGUGUAUACUUAGUUGAAAACAUAUUUAUCCUUUAGCCAGCCACUUUGUAAUGUAAAGACUGGUCAUAUGAUCAGUCUGUCAUUUCUUUCUCUAGUCGUGAUUGGACUAUCAAAGUAAAACUGCUGAAAUAAUGCAGCAGUUAACUCUCAUUUGAUUUCUUUAUAGCUCGAUUCACUCAAGCUAAAGAUAAAUAAAUAAAAUGAGCCGUUUAGAGACGAAAAGCAAGUCAAAGCGCUGCCAUAAAGGCCCAGUCACACCAGCAUUUCACGAAAACUCCCAAGAACUAAGUGCCAGUUAAUGAUAAAGGGAAGGAUAAAAAUAAAGAAGGUUGAGGAGCUAUUGUGAAUGUCUCAAGUUGCUACUUCUAAAACAUUUUGAAUCCAGAUGUUCGCCUGUGUUUCUGGUGUGACCGGGCUUUACAAGUGAAGUCCACUUUGCAGUAUGAUUUUAGCUGACUAUGCUCUUGUACAGUGAAAUCUAGUGGGUGUAUAUCAUCUAUGAAACAUUGUGUAAUUCGUAGGCUAAGAAAGUUUUGAACUGAGCCAAUCUCAUACAUUGACUGACUGACCAAACAUUCUUCAGCAACUGUAGGGUUUCCGCCAGUCUACCAUAGACUUACCAGCUUUUUAAUUGACCACCUCCCACACUUUUAUAAACAAGAGCUACAUUUGUAACGUUAGCUAAUGUAUCUUAUUAUCCUGGUUUUAUUGUUACCCAUUUUUCAGAUCAGCUAAUAGUACAAUAAUUUAAAAAAGAAAAUAAAAAACAAUGUUAAACUUAAAGGAUUAGCUUUGGUGGACAUCUACUAUUUACAAAUGACAGUAAGCUACAUGAUUCCUAGCCAUAAGUGAACAACUAUAACCAUAUUGUGGGCUCUGUGGGUGGUAUAGCACAGUAAAGUGGGAAAAAACACUCAAUUUGUAUCCAGAGAUAUAAAGUGAGAGCUAACUGCAUAUUAAGUCUGACAUCAUUGGGCAUUUCUAGGUCCCAAAAGAAAAGAGUCAUUGAGGAAACUUUGAGAGUUAAAAAAUUCCAAAUUCCAAGCUUGAAUAAAAGGAUCUGUGCGCUCGUUCUCCCAGUAAAGUUUAACAUUCCAGCAAUCAUGGAAAAGAAGGCUUACUAAGCUGGAGUUAGAAUUAGGUUAGUUGAUCUUGUCAAGUGAAGCUAAGCUAGUUGACAUAUAACUGGUGCCAUUUGCCAUAUAGAGCUAUGUUUAGUCUAAAACAAACUAAUAUAAAGUCCAAGUUGAGGUUUCUCGUUGAGACAGAUGUCUUCAUUGAAUCAGACCAGGAAGCCAAGUCCAUCUUUUGUUUCCUAUGAUUUCAUUGACAGGAAGAAGGUAAUAAAAAUGGAACGCACUUCACCUAAGAUAACAUCUGAGCCUCAUCUAUGACACAAGGUUAUGAAAAAUGUAAAAAGUCCUGAGCCUAAGUUGACUGCUUACAUUGAAAUCUUAGUCGGCACGCUAAAUAUUUUGUGUCUGAGACACCGUUAGCUCAUGGCUAGGAUAGCUAGCUUUGGAGGAAAACAUUUUAAUAGUUUCUGAUUUUUGGUAAAGUGAUUUUGGAUGGCAGUUAUUAAGAUUUCAAAUGGAGCUGCAAUCAUUUUCAAAAACCAAAAAUCCCAUUUUAACACCAUUAAUUUUACAUUUGGACCCAGAAACAGGGUUGUUUUGUUAUCGCUCAACAAAAUGGCCAAAAUGUUUCUGCUAUAGGUGCAACAUCAGCAAUGUUAAAUGGUGGCUGGGGUCGACAACUUCUCUGGCGGAAACCCUGAACUGUUCAAAACUUUUCAUGGCAAGCUUGUAGAGGGGUCGAGGGCUUUGUUUCUGCCGCCGAUUGGUAUUAAACCAACCCUCCUGUACGUCUAUAGCACCACAUGUUUUCCUGCAAGUUCAGCUGCUCACCUCGUACGAAGGGGAAGGGUGGCAAAUGGGUUUUAGGCGGUGGGGGGGGGACAAUGGACACUUCACACCAAGGGCUAAAAUGAAUUAUCUUUGUGUGUCUAUGCUCUGUACAGUCUCUGCUUCUCAUUUUCAUUUUUUCCUGUGAGUCGGGAGGCAUGCUCGUGCAUAUUUUUCACAGAUAUUUUUAUUUUUAUUCUUCUUGCGUAGAGAGAAAAAAAAAUUAAAAUGCAAGGAAAUUGUGCAAAGCAAAAGAACUUUUGUGUACCAUGUAAAGACACAUGACCAUUUUAAAAAGCUGCGGGAGAAGCGUUGACCAUAAUGAUGUCAUAUUUUGUACAUUUUUUUGGUUUUCUGGCUGUGAGAUGGACCUUCUGGCCACGCUGGCUGGAUAUACCCUUUCUGGGGUUUCAAGAGAGGCCUUGUUUAAGGUUCCACUCUCGGGUUGUAUUUCGAUAAAGACAGACAUGAUUGAUUACUGCGUGAAGCUUCCUGCCAGCCAGUUUUAGUGUUUUAAUACAUGUGCUCACGUGUUAAUGGUUUAUGUAGAAGUUCCCCCUCAAUGACACUAUGAACGCUAUCAUCAUGAGCUCUCUUUCUUUCUCUUCUACUUAAACAUGUAUUUAUUUUUUUAAUCUCUGUGAGUUUUAAUGUGUAAUCCUGGAUUUUCAGUAUUAAAAACUUUCUAGUGGAAUUAAAAAAAAAAGAAUAGAAGAAGAAAAACCCUUUGUAUACA